GAAGUAUAGAUUGCCGAAGCGAGCGCAGCACGGACUCAGUCCUCCAACAAACUCCACCGAGGACUUGUUGAGCUUGUGUGAAUCUAUCGAGGAGUAGCUAAUCCUGCCCGGCCGAGGUGUGAAGGCGUUCCAGGCAACCUGAGCCAGGGCGCAAGAACGUUUCAGCGCCGAAGAUCAGUACAUCUCCAGCGGCAUGAAGGCGUGUGCGGUAAUAACGCUGGUGCUUGUAGCAAACACGGCUUAUAUCGGUGUCGAGGCAUGGGGUGGUCUCUUCAACCGCUUUAGUCCCGAAAUGUUAUCUAAUCUCGGCUACGGCGGUCACGGAGGUUACAUGAACCGUCCUGGAUUACUACAGCAGUCGGAACUUCAGGAAGGAUAUGGUGGUAUGUAUGAAGGAGUCGAAUCGACAGAAGAACCUUGCUAUGAGAGGAAAUGCGUAUACAAUGACCACUGUUGCCCGGGUUCCAUUUGUGUGAAUCUCGAUGGAGUAGUUGGAACAUGCAUUUUCGACUUUGGCAUGAAGCAAGGCGAGCUUUGCAGGCGAGAUAGCGAUUGCGAAACUGGCUUAAUGUGUGCCGAGAUGCCUGGACGCGAAACAAAAUCGUGUCAACCGCCAACCACUUCGAACAAGUUAUACAAUGAGGAGUGCACUAUGUCAAGCGAGUGUGACAUUAGCCGUGGUCUAUGCUGCCAAUUGCAAAGGCGACAUCGGCAAACUCCCAGAAAGGUUUGCUCGUACUUCAAGGACCCCUUAGUUUGCAUCGGACCGGUGGCAACGGAUCAGAUAAAGUCCGUGAUCCAAUAUACUUCCGGCGAGAAACGAAUCACCGGACAGGGCAACCGCCUGUUCAAGCGGAUGCCGUACGCCUAAACGCUCGCUCGUCGUCACGACGAAUGGGAAGUAUACAGUAUAAGAUAAGCUACGAGAAAAUCAAAUCCUCCUUUAGUCGUUGUGAAGAUACUUAGGUCUAAGUAUGUCGAUUUGACAUUAUCUCGAUCUCCUUCCUAGUCCUAACUCUACUCUAUGCCACGAUACACCGGGAAGUAUGAUGCGUGCGAUAAAACAGUUGAAUUAAAUGUUACUCGGAAAGAUGUUACUCGGAAAGAUGUUACUUCGAAGAUGUUUCUUCUUCGAAUAUAGCGCGACUGAAAAACCUAUAACACAUAUCAUAGUAAGCCGUCUAAUAGGUCUCUAGGAUUAAGGGACAUGCUAGUGUAGUCGUGAUAAGGAAGAGUGCGCUGGUGAUUUAAGAGCGCCGUUCGACAAAGAUGUUUCUUAAUGAUAUAGAGGUAAGAAUGCUAUGUGAGAGGAAAUGCAUGCACAAUGACCACUGUUGCCCGGAUUCCAUUUGUACGAAUCUCGAUGGAAGCAAAGCAAAAGAGAAAACAUAUCCUAAUUGAAAGUUUUAUCCGUAUUAAUUAAUUAAAACUCUUCAAUUUAUAAAAAGUAAUAAAGAUCACCUAAAGAUCUCCUUUUCUUAUAAACAAUUAUCAGUUUUGAAAGAAGGUUCAUCUACCGAUAGAGCUUUUCUUUCGAAUAAUAGAGAUUAGUGGAGCAGUUAAUUGCUCGCGAUAAGUCAUGGUUAUAGAAAUAAGAUAUAGUAAAUGAGAGAGAGGCGUGCACAAAGAGAGAAAUGGAGUCUUUCUUAUCGUCGCAGUGUCAACAUUGACAAUUUUAUCUUAUUAAUCAAUUUUAUCCUGUUAGUCUCGUCAUGCUGAUCUGUAAGAUAUUUCGAUUGACAAAGUCUACCUUUUGAGAAUUCCCGAAGCAAUAGAACAAUAAAUCACGACUGCUGACAUAACAAUGUCGUCUCCCUUAACGACGCGAGAAAUUUCAAUGUCGAUACCGUGAACGAUUGUGUCAUUCAAAUUGCCGAAGAUUGUGCUUUUCAGCUGCAAUUUCAUUGCGUAUUAUAAAGCGUCAUAAAAUUUAUUUCAAAAUUUCAAAAUUAACAUAUAAAAUGCAAGAGGUGCUUUUUUAAACAUUAAAAUAAGCAUUGAAAUAAAAACCAAAUCAAGAUCCAAAAGAAUAGUCAAAUAAUUCUAAAAGAGACAUCAUAAAUUUGAGAUGUCUUUAAGGAAUUCUUUCCUCAAAGUUUUCAAACUUUAAACUUCCAUAUCGUUUAUGAAAUAUAUAUUUCGUAAUUUUGACAAAAUAACAAAAUGAAGAAAGCGCAGCUGAAAGGAACAGAGUUAUCGUCAAUGCACUGACUUAAAUGAGUCUGAGGGGAUGCCAGCGGGACAUGAUGAAAAAAAUCGUCUACAAUGGCGGAUUUAAGGCCCAAAUAAAAUAAGUGAAAUAACAUUUCUAACGCAGAGCCAAAUGAUAUUUUCAAUAUUAUGACGUUUUGCACUUUAUUGCAAAAAUGUGAACAUUUUAAGCACAAACAGUCAUAAAUCAGCCAAACGCUUUGGGAAAGCUGUCAGUAAUGGAGGCCCCUAAUGGGGCUCCAAGAAACCGGUUAUCCGUAAGUCCGCCAUUGCACAUCCCGUUGAUUAUUCAAACGCACAGAUCGAAGUAUUUAUUUUUCUUUCUCACGCUUUAUGAACGGUCGUUCGGCGGACGUCGCAAGAAAUGCGAAGUGUCAUUCAGACGGUUUUACUGGCAGAAAAGUAUUUUCUACUGAGGGAAAAGGAGCUAAAAGAGGCACAAGUACCUUAUAAUCCGAUCGAUGUUUCGAGUUUACCCUUAGGAAUCGUACACUUAGACGUUUAACUUCGACUCUAACGUCGAAUACAUUUAUUCCUACCCUUCUCCAAAAAGAACUUUGCACACUGUCGGUGUGUAUAUUGUACUCGUAAUGUAAGUCACAUCGUGAAGUUGAAAAACGACACAUUUUAGAAUGUAGGAGGAUUAAUACGCUGUAAACGAUACAUAUCAAAGAGGGAAAAGUUUUUCUCCGCUACCUUACAUUCAAAGACAUAGCGUUAUAUAUAAAUAUACAUAUAUACGAUGAAAGACGACGGGAACAGAGGAGACACUUUAACUCUUAGUGGCAAAUAUAGAUGUGCGUAUUAUUCGUUAAAAAAAUAAAAAAAAAGUAAAAUUUCAAGCAAGUACCAAGAAGAGGAAGUUAUUAAAAAAUCGCGGAAAUCGCUCUGUAAAACAUUAAUCACAGAAAUCUCUCUCUGUCGAGUAAUAAUAUCGCGGAAAUCGCUCUAUUAGAAGUACUAACGCUAAUGAAAUCGUAAUACUAAAUACACGAUGCAUAUUGUCUGUGGCUAUUGUUAUGUGAAAUAUUACUCUGUGGAAAAAAUUCAUUAUGAUAUUAAUCGUUACUGUCAUCAAAGAAAGAAUAAUGUUAAGUAAAAAUCGUUUGAGAUCGAUUGCACGAUGUUUUAAGAGUAAUCGUGGGAAGCGCAGUGUUAAGAGUUUUUCGAAACCGCGUUCGUAUACAACAAUACAGCAAUUACAA